AUGGCGCCUGUGAAAAAGCUUGUGGCGAAGGGGGGCAAAAAAAAGAAGCAAGUCCUAAAAUUCACUCUGGACUGUACCCACCCUGUAGAAGAUGGAAUCAUGGAUGCCGCCAAUUUUGAGCAGUUUCUUCAGGAGAGGAUCAAGGUGAAUGGGAAAGCUGGCAACCUGGGUGGUGGUGUUGUAACCAUCGAAAGAAGCAAGAGCAAGAUUACUGUAACUUCCGAGGUGCCCUUUUCCAAAAGGUAUUUGAAAUAUCUUACCAAAAAAUAUUUGAAGAAGAAUAAUCUACGAGAUUGGUUACGCGUAGUCGCUAACAGCAAAGAAAGUUACGAAUUGCGUUACUUCCAGAUUAAUCAAGAUGAAGAGGAGGAGGAAGAUGAGGAUUAA